AUUUUAAACAUCUAAACUCAGACAACUUCACUUGCUUUCUAGCGAAAAUAGAUGAGAAACCACGGGUAGCUCCAUUCACCCUGUUGAAUCGUGCAGGAGCCAAUGCACCAGAAAUAUAAUCAAUGUCCUCAAGGUGACACCGCUAGGGUUUUGGUGGAAUUCUUAGAGGUGGCCGUUACUUCAAUUGUUUUUCUCAAGGGAGUUUAUCCUGCUGGUGCUUUCGAGAGAAGGAGGUAUAUGAAUCUGGUGGUGCAGAGGGCAAGGCAUCCUGAGCUGAGAGAUUACAUUCAUUCAUCCAUUAAUGGACUCCUUCCAUUUAUUCAGAAGGUUAAGUGUCAAUACAGAUUAGUUAUUUGCUGAUGCAUAGGUACCUUCUGCAGUUUUAUGGUUAGUUAUGACUGGAGUUUGGGUUUGAAUGUCCUAAGGAACAUGAAGAUAUCAAUUUGUGAUUUAGUUAGGGUUAAAAUUGAAUAGGAUCUUAUCUAUUGUAUUAAAACCUUUUUUUUGUUAGUGGAGAAAUUGUUAUUCUUUUAAUGAUUGCUAAUUAAGUAAAACCUUUAUGUGUCUAAGGAUGAAAUGGGAGAUCAGAACUCUACGGUGUGGGAUUUCUUUGCUGGCAAGUUGGCAAUUUGGUUGGGACAAGAUUGUAGAAUCUUUCAGAAUAAAAAAUCACUUUUCCUUGCCCUGAGAUAAAGAUUGUUAUUUUGCUUCGGGCUGGCCUAAGGCUAAUGCGGUCCUCCGUAUUUAUAUUUCUUUCCUCUUAAUAGUAUGUCUGGAUUGUGACUCAUUCAUUAACCGAAAAACCUAGUCGCCUAAAGACUCUAGGGUUAGUGAAGUAUUGUGAGGGUGAAGGGAAGAGGAGAGGAGAGGAGAAAAAUAGAGACAAUUAGAGUAGGAGCAUGAGAGAAGAGAUAGAGAGAGAGAGUGCCUAGAAAUUAUCUUCAUCUAAAUCAUAUCAUUUCUUACAAUCAUAGUAUUUCUAGUAUUGCUCAAAGAAACUAACUUGUCCUUUGCACCAGACAAUUGACGUUACAACUAGCAUUAGGAAUAUUCUAAUAUUUUAAUAUUUUAAUUGUUGCAAUUAAAAAAAAAUUAAAAAAAUUGAAAUUUCUUAUCCCAUUCUUCAAAUGACAUUGUUUAGACCUGAUAUCUCCCCGUUCUUCUUUUUUCCUCUAAAGUAUAGUAUGAUUCAUUUAUAAGAACCAAGGAGGUGCAAGCUCAUAUAUAAAAUAUUUGCAUAUCAUCAAAAUACUAAUAAGGUCCCCAAGAUCCUCAAAUGUGUAAAGAGGAUGAAUCUUAAUUGAAAGACCUAAGAUCUGGAACCAACUACCAACUAUCCUUAGCCCUAUCUUUUUUUUUUUCCAAAAGAAAAAAUAAAGUAUAAAGUAGUAUGGCACCAAAGGGGGCACCGCCCAUAUACACAAGAAUUUACAGUGAAGUAAUGGUAUCAAUGACAUCCCCAAAAUAUUUAUCUCUAAUGAUGUCAUGCCCCAAUAUAAAAGAUCCAAAAUAUUUAAACCACCUAUCUCUAAGUUUAUAUCUAUCUACCUCUACUUCCUUAAAGGCUCUUAAAUUCCUCUUUUUCCAAAUGACCGAUCUUUACAAUAUUUUUUGUCGAAUAGAUCCAUUCCCAAGUCCAAAC